CCCUCGGUCGUUGCUGUCACAAAACCCCAGUUAAUAAAACCUACUCGUAAACAGAAAAAAUUCAAGCUUUAAUUCAAGCUUUUUUCUGUGAAAAAAUGGAAGAUGAAAUAGUGAUUGCGUCGUCGCCGACCGACGCUGGAAUUAGUUGCUUUGACCUACACUCCGGCGCCGAACAUUUACGCUACCGGACAUGCGCCUCGCCGCCGCACAGUCUUAUCUCCGUCGGCGGCCGCUAUCUCGCUGCUUCUCAACUCCGUGACGCCGCCGCGACUUCUGGCUCUGUUUUCUAUUGGUCUUGGAACAAGCCUCAGGUAGAAGUCAAGUGUUUUCCUUCAGAACCGAUAAAUGCAUUAGUUUGUGAUGAUGAUGGAAGUUUCAUAAUUGGAGGUGGCGUCUCUGGAGAUAUUUACAUAUGGCAGGCUGCUACUGGCAGAUUGCUCAAGAAAUGGCAUGCUCACUAUAGGGCUGUUUCAAGUUUAGUAUAUGUUGACCAAACUACUCUGAUUUCUGGGGCAGAGGAUGGGUGUGUUCGAGUGUGGUCACUUCUCAUGAUUUUUGAUGAUUUCCGAAGGAACGAAGCAAAACACCUUUUCGAAUAUAGUUUUUCCGAGCACACUUUACGAGUGACUGAUAUAGUUACAGGUCAUGGGGGAUGUAAUGCAAUCAUAGUAUCUGCUUCUGAAGACCGGACUUGCAAGGUAUGGAGCUUGGCUAAAGGGAAACUUCUGAGAAAUAUAGUUUUCCCAUCAAUAAUUGAUGCUAUAGCGUUGGACCCAGGGGAGCAUGUCUUUUAUGCUGGAGGUAGAGAUGGAAAGAUAUAUAUUGCUGCCCUUAAUGCUCAACUUACAUCUACCAGCAAUUAUGGUCUGUAUAUCAUUGGCACGCUAUCUGAUCACAGCAAGGCUGUUACUUGCUUGGCUUUUGCUGUAAAUGGGCAUCAUUUGGUUUCUGGGUCGGAAGAUGGCAUGAUACGGGUAUGGGACACAAGAUCCCGUAAUAUCAUUCGUAUCCUAAAACAUGCAAAAGGUCCUGUGAACAAUUUACUUAUAAUAAGACGACCUCCAUCUUUGUAUCCUAGAACAUCAUUGCAUUCUCAGUCCCCGUCAUUGAGAAGACCAGGAGCCUUGGUGCCUCCUCCACUUGAGAAGUACACAAAUUCAACAGAUGACAAUGCGGAUGUUAAGGCUGUCAUCAUUCCCCAGGCUGAAUCAGAAAUACCGUUUCAUGCUUCGUACAUCAGCACCUACACAAUGAAUAGCCAGAUCAAAGAACUUGAGCAACAGGGUUCUUCUGGAGCUACUGAAAUGGAGAUAGAGCGACUAAAGCUUGAUUGCAAACGAUCUAUGCAUAUGCUACAACAAUGGAAGAAGAUGUAUGAGAAUUUGAAUGAAUUUUGUGUCAAUGAGCUUUUGGAUGGAGACAAGUCCAGAGGACCCAACGCAUGAGUGCUCUACCUUCUCUGAGGCAAAUAGUUUACAAGUUUUUUGGCGCUAGUUUAUGAUAGAAACAUUUCUGUUGUAUUUUUCAUUUGGUUUGCUACUUCUGUUAAGAUCUUAUGUCGUCUCUUUUUCCUUCUCCCCAUAACAUUAGUAAAUGUAAUCCUGUCCUUUGCUGAGAUGAUUUUAUCGUAAUAGCAUUUCGUAGCUAGUUUUAAAA